CUUUGCACACGUACGAAUCAAGGAUUGCGUUUGUUGACUCUUUAGAGUGACUUUCAUUUACUCAGUGACGUUCAAACCGUUACUUGAUAACUGAGCUGGCUUGAAUUCGAGUUCAUCAACCAACUUUUUGUACGGGAAGGAGGAAGGAAAAAUUUUCAUCGCUUAAUUAGGUAGACUUCGUUGCUUUAUUACCUCAAUAGAUUACAAAUUGAAGGAUUAGUUGAGGCAACCAUGAGCUUACUAUGGUGGAUUUAUACCCUAUCUGUGAUGACCAUGAGAAACAAGAGGACAGGCGUCUAUGGAGAUUAUAACUUGCAGUAUAAGUUGAGGCAACCAUGAGCUUAGUAUGGUGGAUUUUUACCCUGUCUGUGUUGACCAUAACAAACAACAAGAGGACAGGCGUCUAUGCAGUCACCAUAUGCAAUCCUCCGUGCUUGUUAAUGGCAGACACUUCUGAUAUCCUUGCCAUCGACCAUCAAACUUCUGGCGUUCGAUCCAUCAUUUCUGGCUUAACAAGAUCUGUUGCCUUAGAGAUUCAUUUCAACUUGGGCUAUAUAUUCUGGAGUGAUGUUACAGAGAAAAACAUAAAGCGGUUCCGCAUUGACAGUGGAAGUAUCACAACAAUUAUAACCAAUAUUGGAGUUUGUGAUGGAUUGGCUGUGAACUGGAAGACCUCUAAAUUAUACUGGUCAGACACAACCUACAAUAAAAUAUCAAUUUCAGACCUGAGUGGCUACAAUCAACGUACUCUUAUUUCCUCUAGCCUUGAUGAACCUAGAGAUAUAGCUCUGGACCUUGAUGGGAACUUUAUGUUCUGGACUGACUGGGGAGCUUAUCCAAAAAUUGAAAGAGCCACCCUAAGUGGAAAUCAAAGACUUACCAUCAUAAGUACGAAUCUCGUCUGGCCGAAUGGCAUUGACCUUGAUAGGGGAAACAAACGCAUCUUUUGGGCGGACGCCAGAUUGGAUAGAGUGGAAUCAGUCGAUUAUAAUGGUAGCAACAGAAAGUUACUUUUGCGGGGAAUCGGUUUACACCCAUUUGGAGUGGCCCUGUAUCCACCGUUUUUGUUUUUCACGGAUUGGAACUCCUAUCAAGGUCACAAAGUUGAUGCUACAACCGGAAAAGUUUUGGCCAGUUACAGCACUAAUGGCGGGAAACCAAUGGGCAUUGUAACAUACGAUAGCUCACGGCAACCAUCAGGUUCAAGUCCAUGUGGCAUAAACAAUGGUGGAUGUAGCCAUUUUUGUAUAGCAAAAACAUCUGGUCGCGAAUGUGUGUGUCCUUCUGAUCUCAAGUUGAAUCAAGAUGGCAAGACAUGCGAACGCAUUGCAGUCGUAAAGGUUAAAAGAAAAUUUAUUCUCUUUGCUGACGCUGACGCCAAAACCAUCAACACUAUUCCAUUAGAUGCCAACCAGUUUGUCUCUCAAACUUUGCUCAUCCUUCUUGGUUAUCAGCGCCCCAUUGCUUUGGAUUACGAUCCCGCUGAGGAUCGUGUUUACUGGACGGACAUUUCGCAAGGUCGUAUCAUGAGCGCUUUUCUCAACGCAACCUCAAUAAAGGUUCUGUUUCGCUGUAAUGUCCAAAGUCCCGAAGGCUUAGCUAUUGACCAUCAGGGACGAAAUAUGUAUUGGACUGAUACAGGAACCAACAGCAUUGAAGUUGGUCGGCUCGACGGAUCUAAGAGGAAACUCUUAAUCAAGAGCGGGCUCGAUGAACCACGAGCCGUGCUGCUCGACGAGAGAAAUGAAAUGAUGUACUGGACAGACUGGGGAGCCAAUCCAAAGAUUGAAAAAGCCGCGAUGGAUGGCUCAGCAAGACAAUCCAUCAUAACUGGAAAUCUUGUCUGGCCGAACGGACUUGCUAUUGACAAAGCUUCGAACCAGCUUUAUUGGGUUGAUGCCAAACUGGACAAAAUAGAGAUGUCAGACCUCAAUGGAGGAAACAGAAAGAUCAUAAUGUCAUCUGGAACUGAUAUCCAUCCUUUUGGCCUAACAUUUUAUCAGAACUUUUUGUACUGGACUGACUGGAAAAAGAAGAGUAUUUUGCGUAUCGAUUUAAGCAGUAAAAACCAGGAGACGGUCGUGAGUGGCCUUAAAAAGCCUAUGGACGUUCACGUAUUUGAUCCAUCUUUAAUGUAUUCAGGCACACAUGCCUGUGUCAAUCAAAGCAACGGGUUGUGUAGUGAUUUUUGUCUCCUGAAGCCUGGUGGAUACCAGUGUGCGUGUCCAACAGGAAUUGCGCUAAAGUCUGACGGAAAAAACUGUGACUAUAGUUUGUUCAGAGAGGUACAGAAUAAAAAAUUUAUGAUCUUCGCUGAAGCUAAUUUUGGAGAAAUUUACAAGACUUCUUUGACAGUGCCAAAAACCUCUUGUCAUUCAUUGCCAAUCAACACAAGCAUCGCAAGACCUGUAGCUAUUGAUUAUGAUCCAGUCGAGGGAAAAAUUUACUGGACAGAUGUGACCUUAAAGCUAGUCGCUCGAGGAUAUCCUAAUGGGUCUUCCGUUGAAAUAGUUGCCUACAAUAAUGUAGAUAAUCCUGAUGGUAUAGCUGUAGAUUACAUUGGACGAAAUCUUUACUGGACUGACUAUGGAACAAGUAAACUUGAGGUAUCUCGGUUAGAUGGGUCAUCUAGAAGAAUACUCAUUAGAUCAGGUAUCCAAAAGCCGAGAGCUAUAAUCCUCGACAUUGCUGAAAGGAUUAUGUAUUGGACUGACUGGGGAUCCUCUCCUAAGAUCGAACAAACGAAUAUGGAUGGUUCUGGCAGGAAAGUUCUUGUAAGCUCUGGACUUGUGUGGGUGAACUCUCUCGCGCUGGAUUACGAAAAUAGACUGUUGUACUGGUGUGAUGCUAAACUCGAUAAAAUCGAAAGGGUGGAUCUACAAGGAAAUAACAGAAACCUUAUACUUGAUUUAGCAUCAAGGAGACUACAUGCAUUCGGGCUUGACCUUUCUGAUAACGUCAUUUACUGGUCGGAUUGGAAGAGCCGAAGUGUUCAUAAAUAUAACAUGACAUCUUCUCACGAUGAAGUAUUUGUUGGUGGAAAGGGAAAACCAAUGGAGUUGCACAUCUAUGACCAGGGAAAAAUCUUUAAUGGUACAAACGGUUGUUCUCAUCUGAAUGGAGGAUGCAGUCACCUCUGUCUUCCAAAUCCACAUGGUUAUCAAUGCCUUUGCCCAGAGGGAGUGCAGCUGAAGCCUGGUGACUCAUCAACUUGUCAAGGAGUAAACCGCUGUCCCCAAAUUUUUGCGCCAUUCAAUGGAAGUCUUGAGCCAUGCUCUAAUUUGCCAGGAAAAACCUGUAAGUUCUCCUGCCGUAGAGGAUAUGUCCUGACUGGAUCAAUGACAAGGACUUGUAACCACGAUGGAACAUGGUCUGGCAAUCAGACCCGGUGCCAGAAAGCUGUUACUUGCCCAGCUCUACCAACACCGGCCAAUGGCAUUCGAAAGAUUUGCAGAGGAACAUUAGAAGAGUUUCUUAACACAGUGUGUUUAUUUUCCUGUCGUAUUGGGUUCAAGUCAUUGGGUUCCUCGUUGAGAAGGUGCCUGAUGAACGGAAGCUGGAGUGGUCAAAACUUCACUUGUCAGGCUGUAACAUGUCCGCCUUUGAAAAUACCGCCGAGAGUGUUACUUCUGAACGACUCCUGCGGAAAUACGUAUGGAUCAAACUGCGUGUUUGCCUGUAAGAGGGGAUUUGGAAGCCCAAGCGGAAAUGUUACUACAACUUGUUUACACAACGGAAAGUGGAGCAGAAACGGUACCAACUGUUCAGAUGUCACUUCUCCUUCAUUCGGUUCCUCUUGUAUAGCAAGUCCUUUGAUAGCGUAUGCCGAACGCGGAAAAUUCUCAUCUGUUGUUAACUGGACCGAACCUCUUGCCACUGACAACACUGGAGUGGUACCUACUUUGACAUCGAAUUAUCAACCACCUCAAAGAUUCAUCCAAGGAAGCCACCUUAUAAUGUACUCUGCAGUGGACCAAGCGGGAAACAAGGCCACUUGCAGCUUCACAGUGAAAGUAAUAGUUAUCAAUUGCACAUUACUAAGAAUAGAUCCAGCUGGUCCACUACGCAUGAGUAGUUGCGGUAACCAUUAUGGAGCACAGUGUACUUUUACCUGUCCCACUGGUUAUCGUAUAAAUGGCUCGUCAGUGGUCACGUGUCUCGCUUCGGGUAACAGACCUCCAGGACUCUGGGACAAUUCUAUGCCUACGUGUAAAGCAAUAAGGUGCCUGUCACUUUCUGUCCCAAAAAAUGGAGUAAAGGUUGGCUGUAGCGGCAUCAUCUUCGAGCCAUACGACUCACGAUGCAGUUUUGCUUGUAAUGCUGGUUACAAUCUGGUUGGUUCGUAUGCUAGGCGGUGCCUAGAAAACGCAACUUGGAGUGGAGAAACUGUGUAUUGUGAAGCCAUCAAGUGUGGCCCUCUUAUCACUCCUAAAAAUGCGAUCAUGUCUCCAUCCUCGUGCGAGCUCACCAGCCAGUUUGGCCAGACAUGUACAUUUACUUGCCAAAGACACGGAUACAUUCUUGAGGGAACGCCGUCAAGAGUUUGUGGCAGCAACGGAAGGUGGACUGGCUUAAACGAUACACGCUGUAGAGACUACGUCCGUCCUACUUUUAAUAAAACUUGUCGCAAAAACUUAGUAUUCCACACUGAUAAGUGUUCAUCCUACGCUUUAAUCUGGUGGAAAGAGCCAAUUGCUACUGACAACUCGGGUCAUGUAUCUGUGAGCUACCCUGUGUUGCGACCACCAACCAAUCUAAGCACAGGACUCUACAAUGUAUUUUAUUCAGCAACAGACGGCAGUGGGAACAAAGCUAACUGUUCUUUUAUCUUGCAAGUAGCAAGUAAGUCAAUCUUCCAUGUUAUCACAACCAGCUAUUAG